CCACCCUAAAAAUAAUUCGCGGCAGGGCUCUACGUGCUUCACUCGCGAAGGCAAACUCUACCACCCGAGUUAAUACUUCUAUAGUAAGAGGGCAACACGGGCUCUUAAAAAUUCUUUUAAGACUAAAGGAAAAUCAACAGGAAAAAAUGAGCCUUUCAUUUUGUGGUGACAACAUUUCUUCUUAUGACAUCAAGGAGGGUGUAUUACAAAAUGCCUGUUUUGUGGAUGCCCUUAACCUGGUCCCUCAUGUUUUCCUGUUAUUUAUUACUUUUCCAAUAUUGUUCAUUGGGUGGGGAAGUCAGAGUUCAAAAGUACAAAUUCAUCACAACACAUGGCUUCAUUUUCCUGGACAUAACCUGAGAUGGAUUCUUACAUUUGCUCUCCUAUUUGUGCAUGUUUGUGAAAUAGCUGAGGGCAUUGUUUCUGAUGCACAAAUGGAAUCUCGUCACCUUCAUCUCUUCAUGCCUGCUGUCAUGGGAUUUGUGGCCACUACUACAUCAAUAGUUUAUUAUCACAAUAUUGAAACAUCAAACUUUCCCAAGUUGCUUUUAGCCCUCUUUCUUUAUUGGGUCAUGGCCUUUAUCACAAAAACAAUAAAAUUAGUUAAAUACUGUCAGCUUGGUUUGGGAGUAUCUGAACUUCGCUUCUGCAUCACGGGAAUGAUGGUUAUCCUCAAUGGAUUAUUGAUGGCUGUGGAAAUCAAUGUCAUUAGAGUUAGGAGAUAUGUUUUUUUUAUGAAGCCUCAAAAAGUAAAGCCUCCUGAAGACCUUCAAGAUCUUGGUGUGAGAUUUCUUCAACCAUUUGUGAAUUUGCUUUCAAAGGCUACCUACUGGUGGAUGAACACACUCAUUAUAUCAGCUCAUAAAAAGCCUAUCGAUUUGAAAGCGAUUGGAAAGCUACCUAUAGCAAUGAGGGCAAUGACCAAUUAUGUUUGCCUGAAGGAUGCAUAUGAAGAGCAAAAGAAAAAAGCAGCAGACCAUCCCAAGAGAACACCUUCUAUAUGGUUAGCAAUGUACAAGGCCUUUGGGCGACCAAUCCUGCUGAGCAGCACAUUCCGCUAUCUGGCUGACCUGUUGGGUUUUGCUGGGCCUCUCUGUAUUUCCGGAAUAGUUCAGCGUGUAAAUGACACCAUGGAAGCAACAAAUACAACAGAUAGACCUUCAGGUUCACUUACCUCAAAGGAAUUCCUUGAAAAUGCUUAUGUGUUAGCUGUUCUUCUAUUCCUGGCCCUGAUUCUACAAAGAACAUUUUUACAGGCCUCCUACUAUGUCACCAUAGAAACUGGCAUUAAUCUUCGUGGAGCUUUGCUGGCUAUGAUAUACAAUAAGAUCCUGAGACUUUCUACGUCUAAUUUGUCCAUGGGUGAGAUGACUCUGGGACAAAUCAAUAACUUGGUCGCCAUAGAAACUAAUCAGCUCAUGUGGUUCUUGUUCCUGUGUCCUAAUCUAUGGGCCAUGCCUGUUCAGAUCAUAAUGGGAGUGAUUCUGCUCUAUAACUUACUUGGAUUAAGUGCGUUGGUCGGUGCAGCUGUCAUAGUGUUGCUCGCGCCAAUUCAGUACUUCAUAGCUACAAAGUUGGCAGAAGCUCAGAAGAGCACUCUGGAUUAUUCUACUGAAAGGCUGAAGAAAACAAAUGAAAUACUAAAAGGCAUCAAGCUUUUAAAGCUGUAUGCCUGGGAGCACAUAUUUUGCAAAAGUGUAGAAGAAACAAGAAUGAAAGAACUCACCAGUCUCAAAACCUUUGCCCUUUACACAUCACUUUCCAUUUUUAUGAAUGCAGCAAUCCCCAUAGCAGCUGUUCUAGCAACCUUUGUGACUCAUGCUUAUGCAAAUAGAAAACAUUUAAAACCAGCAGAGGCCUUUGCUUCCUUAUCACUGUUUCAUAUCCUGGUCACACCUCUCUUCCUGCUCUCCACAGUGGUCAGAUUUGCAGUCAAAGCCAUUAUAAGUGUUCAGAAGCUGAAUGAGUUUCUCUUAAGUGAUGAGAUUGGUGAUGACAGCUGGAGGAGCGGUGAAGGUUCCGUAGCUUUUGAGUCUUGUAAGAAACACACAGGAGUACAAACCAAAACUAUAAACAGGAAGCAGCCUGGAAGAUAUAACCUGGACAGCUAUGAACAAUCAACAAGACGGAUUCGACCAGCAGAGACUGAAGAUAUUGCAAUUAAGGUGACAAAUGGAUAUUUUUCAUGGGGGAGUGGUUUAGCCACAUUAUCCAACAUAGAUAUUAGAAUCCCAACAGGUCAGUUGACAAUGAUUGUGGGUCAAGUAGGCUGUGGAAAAUCUUCUCUUCUCCUUGCAAUACUUGGUGAAAUGCAGACACUAGAAGGAAAAGUUCACUGGAGCAAUGUAAAUGAAUCAGAGCCUUCUUUUGAAGCAACCAGAAGUAGGAACAGAUACUCCGUGGCCUAUGCAGCUCAGAAGCCCUGGCUAUUGAAUGCUACAGUAGAGGAAAAUAUUACCUUUGGAAGUCCUUUCAAUAAGCAAAGGUACAAAGCUGUCACUGAUGCCUGUUCUCUUCAGCCAGAUAUUGAUUUGUUACCAUUUGGAGACCAAACUGAAAUUGGAGAAAGGGGGAUUAACUUAAGUGGAGGCCAAAGACAAAGAAUCUGUGUAGCCAGAGCUCUCUAUCAAAACACCAACAUUGUCUUCUUGGAUGACCCAUUCUCUGCACUGGAUAUUCAUUUGAGCGAUCAUUUGAUGCAGGAAGGGAUUUUGAAAUUUCUCCAAGAGGACAAAAGGACACUUGUUCUUGUGACCCACAAAUUACAGUACCUGACACAUGCUGACUGGAUCAUAGCUAUGAAAGAUGGUAAUGUACUGAGGGAAGGAACUUUGAAGGAUAUUCAAAACAAAGAUGUUGAGCUUUACGAACACUGGAAAACACUUAUGAAUCGCCAAGACCAAGAAUUAGAAAAGGAUAUGGAGGCUGACCAAACAACCUUGGAAAGAAAAACUCUCAGAAGAGCUAUGUACUCAAGAGAAGCCAAAGCACAAAUGGAAGAUGAAGAUGAAGAGGAAGAAGAGGAGGAAGAUGAAGAUGAUAACAUGUCCACAGUGUUGAGGCUCAGGACUAAAAUGCCAUGGAAGACUUGCUGGAGAUACCUCACUUCCGGAGGAUUCUUCUUCCUUUUUUUGAUGAUUUUUUCCAAGCUCCUGAAGCAUUCGGUUAUUGUAGCUAUAGACUACUGGCUAGCUACAUGGACAUCGGACCUUAAUGGGAAGGAUCGUAUAAAUGAUUAUCAGUCUUAUUAUGUGGCUGGAUUUACUAUCCUUUGUGGAACAGGAAUUUUCCUUUGCCUUGUUACAUCUCUCACUGUAGAAUGGAUGGGCCUCACAGCUGCCAAAAAUCUUCAUCACAACCUCCUCAACAAGAUUAUUCUUGGACCAAUCAGGUUCUUUGAUACAACACCUUUGGGGCUAAUCCUAAAUCGUUUUUCAGCUGAUACAAAUAUCAUUGAUCAGCACAUUCCUCCUACUCUGGAGUCUUUAACCCGCUCAACUUUACUCUGUCUAUCUGCCAUUGGGAUGAUCUCAUAUGCUACACCUGUAUUCCUGGUUGCUCUUGUACCUCUUGGAAUUGCCUUUUACUUCAUUCAGAAAUACUUCCGUGUGGCCUCUAAGGAUCUCCAGGAGCUUGAUGACAGCACUCAGCUGCCUCUGCUUUGCCACUUUUCAGAAACUGCUGAGGGCCUCACCACCAUUCGAGCUUUUCGGCAUGAAACCAGAUUUAAGCAACGCAUGCUGGAGUUGACAGACACAAACAACAUAGCCUAUUUAUUCCUCUCAGCUGCCAACAGAUGGCUGGAGGUCAGGACGGAUUAUCUGGGAGCAUGCAUUGUUCUCACUGCAGCUGUUGCAUCUAUUGCAUCAAUUACUGAAACUUCUUAUUCUGGUCUGGUAGGACUAGGCCUCCUGUAUGCCCUUACGAUAACCAACUAUUUGAAUUGGGUUGUGAGAAACUUGGCAGAUUUGGAGGUCCAAAUGGGAGCUGUAAAAAAAGUGAACAGUUUCUUGACAAUGGAGUCUGAAAACUAUGAAGGAGCAAUGGAUCCAUCUCAAGUACCAGAACACUGGCCACAGGAAGGAGAGAUCAAAAUUCAUGAUCUGUGUGUGAGAUAUGAAAAUAAUCUUAAACCAGUUCUUAAACAUGUCAAGGCUUACAUCAAACCAGGACAAAAGGUUGGUAUAUGUGGUCGAACUGGUAGUGGAAAAUCAUCAUUAUCACUGGCUUUCUUCAGAAUGGUGGAUAUCUUUGAUGGAAAGAUUGUCAUUGAUGGGAUAGACAUUUCUAAACUCCCACUGCAUACUCUGCGUUCCAGACUUUCAAUCAUUCUACAAGAUCCAAUACUAUUCAGUGGUUCUAUUCGAUUUAAUUUAGAUCCUGAAUGUAAAUGUACUGAUGAUAGACUUUGGGAAGCUCUAGAAAUUGCUCAGCUCAAGAAUAUGGUCAAGUCACUUCCAGGAGGUCUGGAUGCAGUUGUCACUGAAGGGGGAGAGAAUUUUAGUGUGGGACAAAGGCAGCUGUUUUGCCUUGCCAGAGCCUUUGUUCGCAAGAGCAGCAUUCUCAUCAUGGAUGAAGCCACAGCUUCCAUUGACAUGGCAACAGAAAAUAUUUUGCAAAAAGUGGUAAUGACUGCCUUUGCAGACCGCACAGUUGUAACAAUUGCUCAUCGAGUGUCUUCUAUUAUGGAUGCAGGCCUUGUUUUAGUCUUUUCUGAGGCAUCGGGUUCACACUAUUCUGACAGCAGACCUGGUCAUCGUGAUGAGGCGAGGCAAUAUUUUAGAAUACGACACUCCAGAAAGCCUCUUAGCUCAGGAAGAUGGCGUAUUUGCUUCUUUUGUUCGAGCAGACAUGUGAAAGGGUCCCUGAAUAUGAUUGACAUCGUGAAAGCAAAAUGUAACACCUGUUGUCUGUUAAAUGGGCUAUCUUUUCUAGCCUUUGGGAAAAAGUCUCAUUUUAGCUUUUUUCAAUUUGUAGCUUAGAAAGUGUCCUUCCCACAUGAAUAACAUUUAAAAAAUAAUAAAAAUAUCUCUUCACCAAAGAGCAUACACAUGUCCCCAACACUAGCUUUCUUAACGUUUUUAUGUUCCUUCCAAAUAUUAAUUACUUUAUAUUGUUUCAUUGUUGAUAUACUCAUGACCAGUAGGUCUUGCCUUUGAGAAUGGCAAGUCAGGCUACUUAUGAGGGUAGGGUUACAAAGUCAUGCUUUUAUCUAACCUCAAGUUUUUGUAGUUAUUUGCAGAGGAUGCUCAGCAUCAUAACAAUUUUAUUUGUAUUUAUAUAUUUUCAUAAACACUGAUCACAAAUCAGUCAUACUUUGUUAUUGAGGUCUUCAGAAGAUUAAGGGGAAAAAAAGAAUUCACUCUCUAUAUGUUGUACUUUUACUUCAAUCCUUAAUCUAUAUGAAUAGUUCUAGUCUUAAGUCUCUAUCUCUUAUCCUGUUAGAAAAAAGUCAUCCAAACUUCUAGUAAAUAGUAAAUUACUCAAAUUUAGCAGUUCUUGUUCAAAUGACUGAUAAUUUGAAGGAAAAUAAUAAUCUUUCAUCCAUAUAUAAUUAGCAAGAAGAAUUUACUAGACCAAGAAUACUCUCUUCUCCAAGACUGUAAGCUUCUUGAGGUUAGGCAUCUCAUCUUAAUUAUCUUUAUAUCCUCCCCAAUGCACCUAGAAAUAGUUCUUCACACUUAGUAAAUACUUAAUAAAUGUUUGUUGAACAAAUUAAUUUUACCUUGUAUAGCUAUAAGCCAUAGUUUCAAAUGAUAACUAGGGUAAAAAUAAAUCCGUACUCACUCAGCAAUUGACCAGUCACAUUCUCUGUGUACUACCCUCUCACCUGUGAAUCCCAGAGCAGUAAUUUAGAUUUGAAGCAUUUUUGUGGGUACCUAUUUAAAGACAUACAUGACUCUCCAUUGAUGUGUUUAUUUUUCCAGAUAGGCAGACACCACAUUAACUCAAAAUAAAAGACAUUUCAUCAAAGUCAGACAAGGAAAAGUCCUAUUAAGUACACUUAGGGUUAUGUUCUUCUACAGGUGUGCCACUUCUGCAAAAAGCAGGUCUUGGGAGUGGUACAUAUACAAACACAUAAGGAGCCAUAUGUCAAGGAUACAUGAAUAGCUAGGACAACUCACACUUCCAACACUGAUGAGUACAGAUGUUAUCUGGUGAUGCUAUUACUCAGCUUUCUCCUAGGUAUCACAUCUCUGUGCUGGAUAGCACAACUUCAUUUUCAAGUUGUCUCUGAUGGGCAUGUUCUAUGGCCUCUUAUUUUCUAAGUUACUCUCUUCUACCAUCUUCUGGGUUUCAUCAACCUAGCCUCUUCAAGGCCAGCCAUCUUCUAAUAGCUAGAAAGCCUCUCCCUGAUAGAAUAAGUUACAGUUCUAUUCAUGCAGUCUAUGGCUGACUGUGAGCCAAAACAGAUAGAUGAGGCAGCAGGCAACAAAAGCUAACAGAAUAUUUCAAGCUGAAAUGUUAUGUUAUUUUUAUUAUUUACUUUUGAGGUUGAUUCAAAGUCUUUGUUAUCAAACAACUAUCUGGCUUGGGGUUAGUAAAUUACUUGUAACUCCCAUUACUUCCCUAAUUGUGAGCUCAUGUCCCUAAAAUCUAGUUCAAGGAUUGUUUUUUCUAAAACAAACAAACAAACAAAACACUAUGUACUGAGAUGAGCUUCAUUCCCACUUUGGCAUGCAAAUGAAAUUAGGGUAGGAACAAAAGUUAAGUAGCUAAAGCCAUCACUCUCUAUCCCUAGUUUUCGGCCCUGCCCUUAUUACUUAUAUCUUCCAGGAACAAAACCACAUUGAUUCUCUUUUGUUUACUUCUCAGCAGAGAAGCAUUCUAAAUAUAAAGACUACAUCCUAGUCUUCCAUUUGGAACUCAGAACACUGAAAUUCUCUAGAGGGUCGAUGCAUUCAAAAUUCAAAAACACUUGCUAAACAUAUUAUUUGUGUUUAGUCUAUGUCUAAAUGUAAUUUGUUUAUUCUAGAUAGAAUUGUCUAAUGAUUCUGAGAGAACUUUCUUUUUGGCCUAUCUUGUCCAAAUGUCAUUUUAAUGAGUAUGUAGAGAGUGUAUAGAAAGAUGUUUUAAUACUUUAGCUAUCUGCAUGAUACGUUUUUCUAUUAUUGAAACCUAAAAGCAUAAAAUGAAAUAUAAUAAAUCCCAAUUCAAAUAGGCUUUGUCAUUCAAAAGUUCUCUCAUAUAAUUCCAUACACAAGCAACAUAGAGAUAAUUUUUUUUUCUCAUAUCGAUGAUUCAUUCUUAAGCACUUGUUCAGUCAUUUCAGUUGUCUGACUUUUCAUGACCCUAAUUGGGGUUUUCUUGGGGUUGGCAGAGAUACUGGAGUGGUUUGCCAUUUUCUUUUCUUGCUCAUUUUACAAAUGAGGAACUGAGGCAAACAGGGUUAAGUGACUUCCAUUUUUAACAUUCCUAAAGGCUGAAUAGAAUUAAAUUAACCAUCUAUAAUCCGGCUUUGUAAAUAUUUUCCAAAAAUCUAUUAGCUGCAUCAAAGUUUCACUAAACCACUAAUGUUUAUAAAAGCUGAUCUGGUUCACUCUUUGGCUUCCUGUCAAUGUCUCUUUCUCCUAGGAGGUACCUUUUAAGAAAGGACAGAAUGGCAUACAUUUAUUCAAAAAAUAUUUAUUGUAUGCAAUGUGUGAGGAGUACUAUGAGGGGCACUAGGGAGAUACAAAGGUUAUAAGACACAAUCCCUGUGCUCAUUUAAUUUUCAGUCUAGAAAUCUGUAAUGUAGUGUGUGAUACAAACUGUAAUGACAUGUAAUUCCCUCUGAAAAUAUAGGACAUCAUACCACAAAGUGCUAAUACAACUAUCACAAAAUCAGUUUGAAGUUAACUUGACUUUAGCAUCAUUUUUACUGGUCUACCACUCUAAUAUUUGUCAGUGUCACUCAUAUUGUUAAUCAUUGAAGUUGAAUGGAUAUCCACAUAUUUACAAAGCUACCCUCAAUUGAUAAAAUUGAUUUUUUUAUUGGGUUAGUAAUUUAUUUUGUUAUAUUAUCUCAAAUAAAUGAGUUCUUUAAGGAAAAGAUUAAAACUUUUAAAAAAUAUAUAUCUAUAUACAUAUAUUUAAAUAAAAAAUUAUCCACAUCUAUAAUUUUCUUUGAUGUUUGUAAAAACAAAAAAAAACACAAGUCCACGUGCCUUUGUUAAAUAUAAUUGGUAUAUUGUUACAAAAAGAAAUUCUCAAAGAAGUAUAUUUUCUCUAGAUUUCCUUCUACAAGUUAAAUUAUUCUUUCAGCUCAACAAUCAUUUGCAAUCACCUACUAAAAUUAUGAAGAGGUUAGAGUUCCAGUUUGGGUAUCAUUUGAAUCUUUGAAUCCACCUAAUAUGAAAGCAGCAUGGUAUAAUGGGAAGAUUAUGGAUUAUAAGUGAGGAAACUAGAUUCUACCACUAGCUCUGUGACUAUGGAUAACCCAGUUGAAUUCUCUGUGAUAUAAUUUCUUCACCUGUGAUAUAAUAAAAAUUUUCUUUUCAAAA